ACUCCCUCCUUCGCAGCCCGAGCAGCCUCCUGCCACCCGUGCACCUCUCCCUCCGCCCUCCGCUGCGCUCCACUCCCGAAGGCGCUCGGCCCUGAGCCCUCGGUCCCCUCCCCGUCGCCUGACAGGGAGAGCCAAUGGCAGGGUGCCCCGUCCUCAGGGUCCCCACGCUGUUCCUGAUCCUCCUGCUGUUUCCAGAGCUCCACACAGCAGGCACCCUUGCAUCUGGAUCCUCUACCCGGAACCUGCCGGAGACCCACUCCCACCUCCCCAGCUCUGCACUGUGGGUGUCCCAGGCAAGCCAUCAUGGCCGUCGGGGCCUGGGGAAGAAAGACAGGGGCCCAGGCAGGCCUAGCCGGGCCCAGGAGGGGGCUGUGGUUACUGCUACCAAGCAGGCUUCCCAGAUGACACUCGGACAGCCCCCUGCUGGCCUUCUGCAGAAUAAGGAGCUGCUUCUGGGGCUGACUUUGCCCUACCGCGAGAAGGAGGCCCGGUCUCCCGGUUGGGAGAGGGUGAAGAAACGUGGCAGAGAACACAAGAGGCGCAGGGACCGUCUGCGACUGCACCGAGGCCGAGCUGCCAUCCGUGGCCCCAGCUCCCUCAUGAAGAAGGUGGAACCCUCUGAAGACCGGAUGCUGGAGGGUACCAUGGAGGAGUCUUCCACUAGCCUGGCCCCCACCAUGUUCUUCCUGACCACGGCAGACGGUGCCACGCCUACUACAGAAGAGUCCCGGAUCCUGCCUGUCACGUCCCUGCGGCCCCAGACACAGCCCAGGUCUGAUGGGGAGGUGAUGCCCACACUGGACAUGGCCUUAUUUGACUGGACGGAUUAUGAAGACUUAAAGCCAGAGGUCUGGCCUUCUGCGAAGAAGAAAGAGAAACACUGGAGUCAUUUUACCAGUGACGGUAACGAGACCUCGCCAGCUGAGGGGGAUCCGUGUGACCAUCACCAGGAUUGCUUGCCAGGAACUUGCUGUGACCUCCGGGAACAUCUCUGCACACCCCACAACCGCGGCCUCAACAACAAAUGUUUCGACGACUGCAUGUGCAUGGAAGGGCUGCGUUGCUAUGCCAAAUUCCACCGGAACCGCAGGGUCACUCGGAGGAAGGGGCGCUGCGUGGAACCGGAGACAGCCAACGGGGACCAGGGAUCUUUCAUCAACAUCUAGUGCCCUAGUGGUGCCUCCCCACCGGCCCGGGGUCUGAGCCAGGGAGGUUUAGGACAAACAGGACCGUGUUAGUAACUAGCUCAGCUUGGGCUGAGUAGGGAACCAGUGGCUGAGGCUGCAGGUGUACGCCCAGUACACUCAACCACAAGCUGGAGAGCGGUUUAGCAGAGAGCAGUGCGCCAGAGCCCGCCCGCCCGCCGGCAGUCCGGGGCGGGACCCCCACCUGCUCACUGAUUCUGCUCGACUCAGCGGUGGCUUUGUGUAGCGCACCCUCUUCUGCUCGACACCAGCAUUGCAGCAGUUUCAAUUGGCGAAAUCAAGAGACUUCCUUGACUGAAAAGAGUUGGAAAGAGAGGGGACACCUGACAGUCGUGGAUCUGGAAUGCUAUGUCGCAGGCAAACGCCAAGCGCCACAUGUAUUUUUACUGAAUUUCCACGGAGACCGUGGUAAGAGACCACUGACCCGCACCUGAGGUGCGCGAUCCCACGUGCAGGGUCCCACGUCAUCCAUGAUCCUCCAGUUUUGGCCACAGAGACAGCUUGACUUGACUUGUCCUCAGGCUUUUCCCAAGAGAGACUUAUGUCUUUUUUGAUGGACUGAGUCUCACUCUUUGGCCAAGCUGGCAACUCAGACAAUCCUCCUGCCUCAGUCUUCCAAAUGCUGGAAUUAUAGGCAUGGGUCAGCAUAUUUGGCAGGUGUGUCUUCCUUAAAAACAAGACAUUAGGGCUGGGGGUGUGGCAAAGUUUGUAACAUGCUUGCCUGGAAUGCACGAAUCCUGCCCGGGCUGGACUUCUGGUUAGUGAGUGUGAGGCCAGACCACAGCAGACUGCAUCGCAAGCAAAACAAAGUAAGCUGUUUGCCUCACCUGCACGAGGCCCUGGGCUUGCUCCCAUUCCGUUUCCCCCUCUUCCCACUUCUUUCCCUCAGCUCCUACACAGGGCACCUGUUUUCAAGUGAAGAAUGAUCCCCGUGGCUGGGUCCUUGCAUGUGACAGGUGCUAAUCGUCAUCAUGAAUAGGAGAAACAGUAACAUUGCUCCUAUGCUCAUCCAUAGCCCAGAUCAUCCAGUCCUGAGACGCCAAGUCACUCCCUCCUAAGUGGUCCUCAGUCUCUGCUCUGCUGCAAAGGCAUGCACACACGUCCCCACGUGCUCACCAGGCAUACUGUUUAAUGGCUCUCACCCUCCAUCCCUGACACUCCAUCCUUCACGUCAGCAGCGAUGCCCCUUGGAAAGUGGGGCCACCUCUGAGUCUGCGGUACAGUGUGAAGCACCCCUACGGGCUAGAACCGUGACGACAAGCCCACGCUUACCGUCACUACUCAGGACAUGUCUCCACGGAUCUGAGAUCCCUGCGCCUGGCAAGGCAUGAUCUCUGUCCUGAUCAACUUUUGCAAAGGACAAAAGCCUUCCCAGGACAAGCCCUCCCCAGCCUGGACCUCAUCCGUGGGAUGCCAGGGCUGUUUACUGCUUUGGGAUAACCAGUCUGGUCCAGGGUCAGGCCCCAAGGAAAGCUGGCAGAUCGAGAAGAAAUCAAAUAUGCUUGUUCUUCUUUCCAAGCUGGGUCUGAUAGGCCUGGGGAGUGGGCGGGGCGGGGCGGGGGCGGGGACAGGAGUCGGAAGGAUCAAGGCCACGGUGGGAAAGCAAGUCCUAAUACAGAUUGCUUUUCCUUUUUUGUAGUACCAGAACCUUGCACGGACUACUGAGUUACGCGCUAACUUGGUCUGGGCUUCAAAAUCUCCAAAGCUCCCCCAGGGAGCUGCCUUGGUCCCCUGUCUUCUCACCUGCUGCAGUAAAGAGCCUGUUCUUCC